CACAAUUAUUCAUAAACACAGUCUGACAGUGCAUCUAAGAACGAAUGACAUAGAUUCAUUGUUUUUUUUUUUCUUUUCUAUAAAAAGAUUAAAACCUAGGGGAAGAAAUCUAAGAUCUUUGCAUAAAACCCCCUUUAUCUCGAAGAACAAAGAUGAGUUCAAGAAAAUUAGAAGUGGUAUCUCCUGUUCCAGCAGAUAUAGAUAUUGCAAAUUCUGUUAUUCCUCUACAUAUCGCUGAGAUUGCUAAAGAUCUCAAUCUUAACCCUGACCACUAUGAUCUUUACGGAAAAUACAAGGCCAAGGUUUUGUUGUCUGUUUUUGAUGAACUGAAAGAAAGAGAAGAUGGGUAUUAUGUUGUUGUUGGAGGAAUUACUCCAACACCUCUUGGAGAAGGCAAGUCUACUACCACUGUUGGUCUUUGUCAAGCUUUGGGAGCUUUUCUUGAUAAAAAGGUUGUCACCACCCUCAGACAACCAUCACAAGGGCCAACAUUUGGGAUCAAAGGUGGUGCAGCCGGUGGUGGUUACAGUCAAGUCAUCCCUAUGGAUGAGUUCAAUCUUCAUUUGACCGGCGACAUUCAUGCAAUCACCGCCUCAAACAACCUUCUUGCUGCUGCCAUUGACACACGAAUCUUCCAUGAAAAUACACAAAGUGAUAAAGCUCUGUUCAGUCGCUUAUGCCCACCAAACAAAGAAGGUGUCCGCACCUUCAAUGACAUAAUGUUCAGACGAUUAAAAAAGCUGAAUAUUACCAAGACAAAACCCGAGGAUUUGACCCCAGAAGAAGUCAACAAAUUUGCAAGACUUGACAUUGACCCUGAUAGCAUCACAUGGAGGAGGGUUAUGGAUGUAAAUGACCGUUUCUUGAGGAAAAUCAGCGUGGGUCAAGGCCCAGAUGAGAAAGGAAUGGUGAGAGAAACAGCUUUUGACAUAUCAGUUGCGAGUGAGAUAAUGGCAGUUUUAGCCCUGACAACAUCUUUAUCUGACAUGAGAGAACGCCUCGGGAAGAUGGUGAUUGGAAACAGCAAAUCCGGUGACCCUGUAACAGCUGAUGAUCUUGGGCUUGGUGGCGCAUUGACUGUGCUCAUGAAAGACGCCAUUAAUCCAACCCUAAUGCAGACCCUUGAAGGCACCCCUGUUCUUGUUCAUGCAGGCCCGUUUGCCAACAUAGCCCAUGGAAACUCUUCAAUUGUGGCUGAUAAAAUCGCGUUGAAGCUGGUGGGCCCUGGUGGGUAUGUUGUGACAGAAGCGGGUUUUGGAUCGGAUAUAGGAACUGAAAAGUUUAUGAACAUUAAAUGUCGAUAUAGCGGGUUGAAACCUCAAUGUGCCAUUAUUGUGGCCACAAUUAGGGCUCUGAAGAUGCACGGUGGUGGGCCCCUGGUAACCGCCGGAAAACCGCUUGAUAAGGCUUAUGUUAAUGAAAACGUCGGUCUUGUUGAAGCAGGAUGUGUGAAUUUGAUUCGACACAUUGAGAACACAAAGGCGUAUGGUGUGAAUGUUGUUGUGGCUGUGAAUAAGUUUUCAACUGAUACUGAUGCAGAAAUUGCUGCUGUCAAGAACGCUGCCAUUGGAGCUGGUGCUUUUGAUGCUGUUCUUUGCACUCACCAUGCCCAUGGUGGAAAAGGAGCGAUUGAGCUUGGGAUUGCUGUACAAAAAGCCUGUGAAAGCGCGACACAACCUUUGAAAUUCCUGUACCCUUUGGAUAUAAGCAUCAAAGAGAAGAUAGAAGCCAUAGCAAGAUCAUAUGGUGCUAGUGGUGUUGAGUACUCUGAACAGGCGGAGAAACAGAUUGAGAUGUAUAGCAAACAAGGGUUUUCUGGUUUGCCAAUCUGUAUGGCAAAAACGCAAUACUCGUUUUCUGAUAAUGCCUCAGCAAAGGGAGCCCCUACAGGAUUUGUGUUGCCUAUUAGGGAUGUUAGGGGAAGUAUUGGUGCUGGGUUUAUUUACCCAUUGGUGGGGACGAUGAGUACAAUGCCUGGACUUCCUACACGCCCUUGCUUUUAUGACAUUGAUCUUGACACUGAAACUGGAAGGGUGAAAGGGCUUUCUUGAAGCUUGUGUACAAAGAACAGGGCUGUUGAUCGAAAUGUUUGCAGUUCUGCAUUUUGGAAAAAGUUUAGUUCUUGUACUUUAUGUUGUGUACUAGAUAAAUUAAGACUCUUUCUGUGUGUAAUGCCUUCCAAAUUAGUGAGCGACAAUUGAUGUGAAUUGAAUCAAUGCAAAGAAGGUAAUAAAUGAGUACUUUUUGAUUUUA